CAGCGCGAGAACGUGACCGGGGUCUUCCUCCUGCAGCGCCCGCCUCGCCUUUCCAGUUUCCUCCCUCUCCCUUCCUCCGAUCCUAUUUCUUCCCCCCGCCUUCCUCCUCUCGCGCCCGUACUCCUCCUAUCCUUUUGCCGGUCUCACGGAGCCUCCUCGUCGAGUGAGAGUGAGCCUUGCCUCCUCGAGAGCCAAUACGUACGAGGAAACGAUGGCCACGGCCGUGAAGCUGCUGGCUGCGGGUUCUUCCCUCCCGCCGACGGCCUGCCUAGUCGGCUCCGGCGGGCAGCGCUUGGGCUCGUUACCGAGGGGGAUGACGAGGAUGCCGCCGACGCCACGGAGCAGAGCGUCGCGCCCGGGGGUGAACCGAGUUAGCCGUUGCACAAGCAGACUGCAUAACAAGGGCACAUCGUCAGAUACAACGAUAAGGAAGCAGCUCGAGCAAAUCGAUGUGCUUCAGAACAUGGGAAUUUCCCGGCAUUUCGAUGGUGAGAUCAAACGUAUCCUGGACAUGACAUACAGCUGCUGGUUACAGAGAGAUGAGGACAUCAUGCUGGAUGUGGCAACUUGUGCAAUGGCAUUUCGGAUCCUUCGGAUGAACGGAUACAAUGUUACUGCUGAUGAGCUGUAUCAUGUCGCUGAAGCAUCCGGGUUAAAUCCUUCACUUGAAGGAUAUUUGAAUGAUAGAAAAUCCCUAUUAGAGUUGCACAAGGCUUCGAAAGUCAGUAUCUCAGAAGAUGAGUCUACCUUGGACAGCAUAGGCUCAUGGUCAGGCUGCUUGCUGAAGGAACAGCUGAGAUCUGGUGGACUGCAGAGAACGCCACUCUUUAGAGAGGUGGAACAUGCUCUGGAAUUUCCUUUCUACACCACAUUGGAUCGUCUUGACCAUAGGAGGAACAUCGAAAACUUCAAUUUUACAGUAGACCAGAUGCUAAAAGCAUCAUACUUGUCAUGUUAUACCAACGAUGAUAUUCUAGCGUUGGCUAUCAGAGAUUUCAGUGCAUGCCAGGAUACUUACCAGGAAGAACUUCGUUAUCUCGACAGCUGGGUGAAAGAGAGCAGGCUCGACCAGUUACCAUUUGCACGGCAGAAGUUGGAGUACUUCUACCUCUCUGCUGCGGGCACCAUAUUCACUCCUGAACUGUCGGACGCUCGCAUUCUAUGGGCCAAAAAUGGUGUUCUAACAACCGUUGUUGAUGACUUUUUUGAUGUUGGAGGAUCAAUAGAAGAAUUGGGAAACCUAGUCACACUAGUUGAGAUGUGGGACAAGCACCACAAAAUUGAGUUCUACUCUGAACACGUAGAGAUUGUGUUUUCUGCAAUUUACACUUCAGUAAACGAGCUUGGAGAAAAGGCUUCUUUGCUACAAGACCGUGAUGUUACCAAACAUCUAGUAGAAAUAUGGCUGGAUCUGCUGAGGUCUAUGAUGACCGAGGUAGAGUGGCGGAUUAGUAAAUACGUCCCAACAGCAAAAGAAUACAUAACGAAUGCAGCUUUGACAUUUGCACUAGGCCCCAUUGUGCUCCCAGCAUUGUAUUUUGUUGGUCCAAAGAUCCCAGAAUCUGUUGUUGAAGACCUAGAAUACAACGAGUUGUUUAGGCUAAUGAGCACAUGCGGCCGUCUUUUGAACGAUGUUCAGACUUACGAGAGGGAGUACAACGAGGGCAAGGUGAAUAGCGUGUCUCUCCUUGUCAUUCAGAGUGGCGGCUCCAUGUCCAUAGCAGAGGCUAGAAGGGAGAUACAGAAGCCUAUCGACACCUGCAGGAGAGACCUCCUAAGACUGGUUCUCAAGAAGGAAGGCGCCGUCCCUAGACCCUGCAAGGAGCUGUUCUGGAAGAUGUGCAAGGUAUGCUACUUCUUUUACUCCCGGGGCGACUCGUUUAGCUCGCCGGAGGAGAAGGCUAGAGAAGUGGACGCUGUGGUCAACCUACCGCUAGAGCUCAAAGGAAGCAUAGGUGCAUCGAUGCCUGUCUUGUGGGAGAAAUCAAACCAGCGUGCGCGAUCUGAUGCUUCUUGAAUUGUUUGGUUAAUCGAUCAUGUGUCCAGUUUCCUAGAAAGGCUCUGGUUUGUACUUCUUUUGGCUAAACUCUCCAGGGAGGAACUCUUCCUUGAGCCUUCCCCAGCUACAGGGGCAUGAACUUACCUUUAUGCUAUAUUGUGGGCUUGCUCAUUAUCCCAGCCUUCUCUGCUGUGGUUCA